AGCUUGCAAUACGUGGGCGCAGUCCGUGGAUGUUCCACCAAAAAAGGGAACUUAUGAAUCUUCGAAAGUGUGCACAUAUUUGCUUGCUUUAUGGAAACAUUGUUUUUACGACGUUAGGUUUGUUUAAGUGAAGAAUUUAUAAUAGAGAUGAAACAUUGAAAUUUCUGUCAAUUAUUCAGAAUGGGAAGUUAGUAAGCAAGAAAUAAGUGAUGACGAAGAUUUAGUCUUUGAGAUGGAAAUCGCCAAUGAAUCAUUUGCUCCUCUGACCGAAACUGACAUCCCGUAUAUUGAUGGAGAGAUGGAUAAUCCAAUUUCUAGAUCUGAUGGGACAGACGGAGCGAACGGUGCAAAGGCUAGCAGAGACGCUGAGAAAGGUCCUCCUACUCGCAACGCCGGCGUCUUUCCUUUCUUCGGCAAGUAUUCAUUCCCUUUCCUGCUGGCUACAUCGGUUGUACAGUUGGCCAUUUACUUGAACAAGUUGUAUCAGGAUAGUGCAGCCGUCGGCAAGUACUUCACAGAUAGGGAUAUCAAUUACUGUAUCGUAUCAGCUUUUUGUCUUUUCUUACCAGCUGUCAUCUACAUCAUCUACAUUUUAGCUGCUUACGUCAAAGACCAGGGAGAGGCGGAACCCAAAGAGGUAGGAACCAAAGUGGUACACGGCUUACUUUUGGUACCAUGGCAGAUCAAAGGGCGUGUCGAAGUCUUACAGUUCUCUGCACAGAGAAUUUGUCAGAUCCGGCCUUUGACAGAGCAGGAACUGGAAGAAAAAUCGCACUUGGAAAGGCAAGCGGCAGUGCUGGAAUUCUUUGAGGAAUUUUAUGCAGGGCUCACUCAGAUACUGUUGCAGCUGUAUAUUAUCAUAACUUCGCUAGAUGAAAAAGUAGAAUAUAAAGCACUAACGGGUGAAAUCAUUGCGUCCGGGCUGACUCUUAUGUCCAUGAUGGCUGCCGUUCGCCGAAGAGAUGAUGGCAUCCUCACAGGCACAUUAUCAAUGACUGGAUGGAUGUGCAUCAUGACAUCCCGUUCCAUCGCAAUUGCUCUUGCUACAACUGUCAUUCAUGGUUGGAUGAUUCUAGUUUGCCUCCUUCAUGGUGUGCUGGUAUCUUUAUGGGUGUCUACCAUUGCAUUGAGGACUUAUACGCAGGAAAAGUCUUCUACACCUUUCAACCGGAAGAGAAAACUUGCUUUGUUUUUCCUCGUGCUAUCAGUGUUCGGGCUUCCAUCUCUCACUUACUGGCCCAUCAUGUUCGAACUGAAGAAACGAAAGCGGCCAUUGAUAUUUCUGUUCAUCUUGUUGUUGGAGAAUGUCCUGUUUGCCAUUUUGUGGCACGUUUUUAAAGAGAACAGUGCUUGGGCAAAACACGACUACAUUCUGGUCGCUGUAAUGGGAGGAACUUAUGCCAUAGGAUCUCUUUUCUUAUUGUUCUAUAUGUGCUGCAAACCAAAGUACACUGAUCAUGUCGUGUAUCACGAUAUGAAAGUUCGAAAUGCUGAUUCAUUUGGAAUGUAUUUCGAGUUUUGUGAUGUAGCUUUCAAACUAGCCAGGAAACAAGAAGUAGAAAUGAAAUUGAAGAUGAUUCGAGAACAGAAAGUGGUGCCACGAUAAUCUAAAGUAGAAAGUUUUUUAUAUGGAAAAUAUUUUAAUGCUGUUUUUUAUAAAUUGUUAAUAAAUGUUUUUCUAUUGUU